UUGAGAGUGGUCAGUACGCCUUAAAAUGUUCUUAUGCACUCGACGAUUUCGUGAAUAUCCCACUUGCUUACAUCUAAGUGGAUUAUUUGUCAUGUCAGAUCCGUUCUGUAAUGUCAGCGUUACGGAUUCUGUUGGCUUGCAAAAUAAUCGCACCACAUAUCCAGGAUCAAACAUAAACGAUUUAAACUCUGUAAGGCAUGAUAACUGCAACGAUAAUUGCAUUCAAAGUCCAUCACUCAAGAAAGCUCGACUGUCAGAAAUGGCAGUGACACUUCCCAUACCGAAUGGUUUUAAAGGUGCUUAUAGCACUUGUAAUCUUAGAAGUUUGCCGGGAAUUCAAGAGGAAAUCAAGAAAGCUCGACUGUGUUUUGACUCGCAAUUUAGACAAGCUCUGAAGGGAAAAUUGACUAAAUACCUAGAGUUGAUUGAGGCAGGAGAAAAAGGAGUUAGUAGUUUAAAAGACGAGCUAAACCAGUUAACAAGUCGCAUGGAUUUCAUUUUAUCCAGCUCAAAAGAUAUCGCGAAAAUGAUUAACGACCGGAUACCUUUGCCUACUCCUACAAGUGCCGCUAGUCAGCAGAGAACUCCUUCUUCACAAGCUCCUCGCCCAUCCGCACUUGUUCCUGUGGUUUCGAAGUCAGGUCGACUUGUCUCAACAACCAAUGCACUGAACCGUCAGCCAAAUAUAAGUUCUAAAACUUCUCAAGCAAACAAUCAGUUGUCAGGUUAUACUGCACCCAAACUGCCUGCUAUUGCCCCUAAAGUUUCUGAUGUUGGACUUCGACCUGUGCCGGGCACAAUUCUAGCUAUUCAAGUCAAUGAUACCAUUGAUUUAACAUCGGAUGCUACAGUAGAAAACGCCUUGGGAGGACGUUUAAUUUCAGGUUCUGCAAAUAUGUCAAACAUAAUAGUUACCCCAAGAACAACUCCAAAUGUAAAUAAACUCAAUCAUAUUCCUCUGUCGAGUGUACAAAAGAUCACACUUCCCACUGUUAAUACUCCGCUCGUAUUUGGCGUUAAUCAAUCUAAUUCAAAUCAGCCAUUUAUUAGUAUAACAACUCUAUCUCAAAAUGCUCAGAUCAUGCCGUCAAACAAGAUUGUUAAUUCACUUCCGAUAUGUGUCAUUUCUGAUGUACAGCUACUUCCAGUUUCUGCUCUGCCUCCAGUCGUGCCUCAGGCAGUAACCAGAGCGCUCCCGCUUCCAAUUCAACCUGUACCACAGUUAACUAUAGGCGAUGCUACUGAAGGGGUUACCUUACAGUGGACAAUUGCAUACCCUGUUAUACCGUUCGAACCCGCUGUCGCUUAUGAAAUAUACAGUCAUACUACAUCUGACACGGCGUUAGUUUCUUUUCAAAUGCCUUUACCAUGGAAUAAGAUUGGUGAAGUGGCUGCCCUUCCCCUGCCUAUGGCCUGUACAUUGAAUCAAGUUCAACCAAAAUAUAUGUAUUAUUUUAUUGUAAGGUCAGUUGAUCGACUGCAUCGAUAUAGUCCUUGGUCGAAUGUUGUAAAUGCGUAUGUGGCUUGACAAAAGAAAUCAAUGCCAACGCCGCUAUAUACCCUUCGUCGGUGAUUCUUUAAGAUUCUUAUUAUUAUUAUGAUUGUUAAUAUUAAUAUUAUUAUUAUUUCACUAACAGCAUUUACUUGCUAAUAUUUCUUUUUACGUUUAUCUUUAUGAGAGUCUAAUUGUAUACCUUAAACAUGUUAUAUUCAGGAUUCCUUGUUUUAGUUCUCAACACCAGGUGUGUUUGUACUUAUUUUGUGUUAACAUCAUUUGUUUUCUGAUACUUUCCUGUAUUGUACAUGUAACUUUGGAAAUUCAAAUAAACUUCACUUAAAAUAUUCGAGCAGUUUUCAUGUCCUUUAAAAGUGUUUUACACAGAAUAAAAGGUAAACUACGACUUCUACAAUCCAAAAAUUGCAAUGCUAAUAUUCAAUUUCCCGACAUCUAUGAGUGUGUGGUGUAUGCUUGACUGUCUUCAAUGAAAUGAGGAAAAAAACCCUGAGAGUGUUUAAGUAUCGAGAG